CCUCGUGUUUGUAUUUAAUUCUAUAAAAACGGUAGUUAUUUUCUGCAGACGGUGUUAGUGAUAUACAAUUAGCUAUGGGUAAAGUUCGCUCGACUCCGGGCGCGCCCCGGAAGGAAGGGUUCAACAAGUCGGGGCAUUCCAUGAAUCCCGAUCGCUCCACGGAAGGAUUAAAAGGUGUGGGGAAACCUAGAACCAAAGGAACGAUCAAAAGGUUGCAGAUGUACCGUAACUUCAAAGCUAAAAGGGAUAAAACUGGUAAAAUUUUAACCCCUGCACCUUUCCAAGGUUGGUUACCUUCUGGUACACAAGCUCGCGUCGAGCCUAGCCAAAAAUGGUUUGGUAAUUCUCGAGUAAUCUCUCAAAAUGCACUGCAAAAGUUCCAAGAAGAAUUUGGUGCAGCUGUAAAGAACCCUUACCAAGUUGUUAUGAAACCUACUAACUUGCCAAUUUCUUUGCUGAAUGAAAAGGUUAAGAAUUCUCGAGUUCAUAUACUAGAUACAGAAGGUUUUGAUAAAACUUUUGGUCCAAAAAAACAGAGAAAGCGAGUAAACCUUAAGUUUGAGAAUUUAGAAACAAUGUCUAAAGCUGUAGAACAGAGUUGCGAAAAGUAUGAUGAAAGCAAGGAUGUAGAUAGGGUCCGUGAAGAUUCAGGUGUUAAAUUGGGACAAAGAGAUUGGGUGUUUGGGGCUGGGAUGAGUAAAAGAAUAUGGAAUGAACUUUAUAAAGUAGUUGACUCAUCUGACGUUUUGCUGCAAGUCUUGGAUGCAAGGGACCCAAUGGGCACUAGAUGUCCUUAUGUUGAGAAGUAUCUAAAAGAGGAAAAACCACACAAACACUUGAUUUUCAUUUUAAAUAAAGUGGAUUUGGUCCCAAAUUGGGUAACACAGAGAUGGGUAGCCAUUCUUAGUGCUGAGUACCCUACAGUUGCAUUCCAUGCUUCAUUAACCCAUCCAUUUGGUAAGGGCUCACUAAUCAAUUUGUUAAGACAGUUUGCAAAGCUGCACAUUGAUAAAAAACAAAUCAGUGUUGGGCUGAUUGGUUACCCAAAUACUGGAAAGUCUUCCAUCAUCAACACUUUAAGGUCAAAGAAAGUUUGCAAGGUCGCACCUAUUGCUGGCGAAACUAAAGUUUGGCAAUAUAUCACUUUAAUGAGGAGGAUUUUCUUGAUUGAUUGUCCUGGAAUUGUCUAUCCUUCUGCCGAAACAGAUACAGAAAAAGUGCUUAAAGGUGUAGUCAGAGUUGAGCUUGUCCAAAAUCCUGAAGAUUAUAUAGAAGAAGUCAUUAAAAGGGUCAGAAAGGAGUAUCUUAUAAAAACAUACAAGGUGGAUGGAUGGGAUACAGCUACAGAGUUCUUAGAAAAGAUGGCAGCAAGGACUGGAAAGCUACUCAAAAAAGGUGAGCCUGAUGUAAACCAAGUUGCAAGGAUGGUCCUUAAUGACUGGCAGAGAGGAAAGCUGCCAUUCUAUGUGGCUCCCGAAGGCUUUGAGGUGCCACUUUCUAAGCAGAAAGAAAAUGAGCCAUAUACUAAUGCCCCAGUGGAAGAGAAGAAAGCAGAAAAACAAUCAUCUGAAGAAGUUGUAAAGUCAGAAACUGAAAGCAAUGUAACUGAAAAACCAGGUAUCACUGUGAAUAAACUGGCCAUAGCUCAGGAUUUUGCAAAAAUAAGAGUAGGAUUGCAGUAUGACAAUGAUGAAGAUAUAAAACCAUUAGAAGACAUGAAGAUACCAGAUGAGCUUAAAGGUAUAGAUGAGCAAAAAGAGUCACAGGAUGAGGAGAAAAAUAAUGGUGAAGAUGAAGAUGAUUCUUCAGACAUAAGUGAAUUUUACAGCAAUGAUGAGAAUGAGUGCAGUGAUGUUGAGGAUUACUUGACAAAUGACCCUGAAACAGUUGAACAAAUGCGAGAGCGUAAGAAAUUAGAAGCAGCUAGUGGAGCAUUCACUGUUGAAGAAAUUAAAAAUGAUAAAGGCAAAAAACGUAAAGCUAGUAUUGAGGAUAGUGCUCCCCCUGCCAAGAAGUUAACUGCGAAACAGAAAAGAGCUAUUGACAGAGCACAGCGGCGAACAAAAACAGGAAGCAACUUCUAUGAAGUGUUUAAUAUGUCAUCUGGUAGUGAAAGCGACGAAGAAUAUGUACCUGGUGAACCAGAACAGGUUUCCGAAGAGGAAUCUGCCGACGAAGAAACUGAACAGCAAUAUGAAAAGGAACUUGAACAUAAAACAAGAAAGCGGAAAGCUACUGAAGAAACUAAAAGCAAGAAUAAAAAGAAGAUCAGAAAUAGAGUUCCUGAUGUUGUAGUUGAAAAGGAAGCGAAAGAAAAAGUACCAGAACAUGUAUUAGAUGCUGAGGAGGAAAAAAAACGUGAAGAUGAUUUAUGGGCGAAGUUUCUAGAAGGGACUGAUACUAAACCUAAACCUAAAGAAACUUCGAUUCAAAAGGAUGAACCUAUACCGGUUCAUAGCAAUGAUAUUGCCAAGAACACAAAUCAGACAAAAGAUGAUGAAAAAGAGAGGGAGAGAAGAAUUUUCGAGUUUGCAGGAGAAACAAUAGUAGUCGAAAAUAAUGUUAUUAAGGAGAAAAUUAAAGCAACUGAAAGUCCUGUGGCAGUGAGUGAUGGUCCAUCACAAAGUCGCAAAUCGGGUGGUCUGUCGAGUGUGCUGGGUCAACUUACCAGGAAGAACAAAUUAUCCACUUUGGAGAAAUCCAAACUUGACUGGACCACCUACAAGCAAGAGGAAGGUAUUGAAGAGGAGAUACAGAGCCAUAAUAAAGGCAAGACUGGUUACUUGGAUCGCCAAGAUUUCCUGGAGCGCACGGAUAAUCGCCAGUUCGAGAUAGAGCGUAAUCUCAGGUUGACCCGGCGUAGUAACCGAUAAACCUAGGUCUCCUUAUUUAAUAAGCCAUACUAGACAUUACCACACAU